AUUCCACGAAAGGAGCCAUUAUCGUCGAAAGCUCGGUGCUUUGCGGACGCGAUAGCACACACACACACACAUACAGUCCCGAGUCUACAGGUUUCCAGGCUUCCUCAUCAUCUGGUAGAUGGAUCGUACGUUCGUAUACAACCCUCCUACCAUAUAGACGCCUCUCUUUUUAUCCCUCUGGCCUUCGCGCGAUUUAUACCUUUCCCUCCGAUCGCUUCCUCCCUCUCUCUCUCCUGCGUUCGAUUCGAGACUCCACUUUCUACGGGCUUUUCGAGAUUCCCGCGAGUAGGGCGCGGACGAAGGGACGGAUGCAACGCGCGAGAGACACAGACAAGACAGAGACACCGUGACGCAUCGACUGGAGCGAAGGCGCGCGCGUGAAACGCGACGUCGAGUCGAGGAGCUCUCUCGGCCUCGGCCACUCUCAGCUGUGCGGGAGCGAACGAGAGUGCUGUGACAAGAGAGAGAGAGGGAGCAUGGAGACCCUCGAGUCGAGCUGCGUGUGCCGUCUCUGCGGUCAGCACUCCGGGAUCUCUAUCAACAUCUUCGACGAGAGCGAGAACCACGUCAGGAAGAUCAACGCCGUCCUGCCUAUCAUGGUGCACGAGCUGGAUCUACUACCGAAGCAAAUGUGCCACCGGUGCAGCUACAAGCUAGAGGAGUUCCAUAAGUUCUACAUAGACUGUCUGAAGACAGACGCAGCGCUCAAGAGCCAGUUGUCAUGGAUGCGAAAGGAUCGUGGCAAGGAGAAGAUCGGCGUGCCGAUGGUGCACAUUGAAAACGUGAAGAUUAAGGCAGAGUCGCUCGAUUAUGACGUAUACGAACUGGAACCACUGAUGGAGAACAUGGACUACAUCAACUCGAUUAAUUCGAUGGCACUUCCUGCCGAGGAAAUUCACAAUGGAUUGACAUAUGCGGCGCUCUCGCGUUGCCGAUGUUGCUGUAAUAAGAAGAGCCAAAGCAGAGCCAAAAAACCUAUGACGGAAUUCUGUCGAAAUUAUAAAAAAUCUAGAUGCGGCCAGAUCGCGGGUGACUCGCGAGAGAGGACUUUCGAGAAUACUGCCCCCAGAUUAAGAUCGAUCAAGAAGAACCUUUUUAUCCAAGCGUUUCCAGAUUGCCCGCAGAAUCGUUUGCCGUGCGUCGACGCUAUCGAGAACGCGCGAGAUCGUUUGACCGCAAACACAAACGCCAAAGAUGACGUAUCAUCCCUGAAAACGCGAAACCGUUCUUACGGUGAACUCGGUGAAGCAGUUCCCAGAAGUCAAAUAGCUUCGAGAAGCACGAUAGUGCGAAAUUUGAGACCUAGGAAAAAUCUGGUAAACUAUGCGUCGAAUAAGAAGAAAAUGUCGAUUGAAGUUGAUCCAGGAUCAUCUCUAACGAGCAACUCGGAAAUUUUGCAUCUGAAAACCACGUCUGCGUCUCAUUUUAAAUUGACUCGACAGAUCAAGGUGGGGAAAAUGGAUGAUUUAGAAGGACGCAGUUUAAGACCAAGAAGAAACGUCGUGGAUUAUCAGGAACCGAAAAUGAGGAAGGUAUCUGAUCACCGUACAAAGAGGCGCAAAGUGGAGGACCUGGAGCAGAGCUCGAAGCAUUCGAGAAAUGAAAAUGCAUCUUCAUUGAAUGAAUUUGUUCUGAAACUUAAAAUAAAGCAGGAAGUUUUGAAUGACCUGGAAGACACGGUGCUCGAUGAAACGACCAGCGCGAUACCUCGAUUACCGAAUAAUUCGCUCGCCGAUCUACCCGCGAAGGUUGAAGCAUUGACAAGCGAUAAUAACAUCAGCUUACGAGAUAACAUGCCAGAUUACUUCAAGCCGAGUCAUCCACAAUUACGAGAUAAGUUCCAGCUAGCCAAGCGAAAAUCAUUGUCCAACCGAAUGACCAGGCUGACGAGAACGAAGAAGAUCUAUCGAUUGCCCACGGCGAAUCAUUCACCAAAAUGCCUGAGGAGUCAGGAUGCUUUCCUGAGAAAUGGCAAAGCGAGGAAGAAUGAUUACAUGGACUGGUCGGAAAAGAAGUCACCAACGAGAAAACUGAUGGACGUGAUCAAUAAAAGCGCGAAGACGAAGCCAGCGAUGAUGAAGCUGGUCGAAAGCAUCAAACAUUAUUGCGAGACGUGCAACGUCAGCUUCGAGAAUAAGGAAUUAUUCCAACUACACAGGUGCUACUACGAUUGAUCUUUUCUCACGUGGCCGAAUUGUCGAGAAAUAUAAAAGUUUACGAACUAUCUAAAAAUCUAA